AUGGUGAAACUCGAAGUUGAUGGAGGAGGAGAGUCGGCUUUGGUAGAGGAUAGAUGCUCUGAUGGGGUGUAUGAUAAGCCUCUUCCAUGCUUUGGUUGUGGCAUUGGAUGGUUCUCAUUUCUACUGGGAUUCGCUUUUCCUCCACUAUGGUACUAUGCAACAGUUCUUUACAUUGGGAAUUUUGUGAAAGACCCUAGAGAGAGGCCUGGCCUAGCAGCAUCUGCAAUCGCAGCUUUAAUUUGCUCAGUCCUCUUGGUUGUCCUGCUAGCUUCAGUAUUCUGUUAGCAACCUGUGGCGAGUUUCUUCAAGAAAUGCAGACAAUAUC